AUGGCACGAAAUAGCGAGAAAGCGCAGUCAAUGCUCUUUCGCUUUCGAGCGGCACAGGCAGCUGAUCUCGGUAUUCUUGACAUCGCACGUACGCGUCGACCAAAGGGGAUUACACAGAUCGACUCAAUCCCCACGGCUGAAAAAUGGCGAGGUCAAGUCCUGAAGGAGAUUUCGCGAAAAGUUUCUAGAAUCCAAGACCCAAGUCUGACCGAUUACCAAAUUCGAGAUCUCAAUGAUGAGAUCAAUAAGCUUAUGAGAGAGAAGUGGAUGUGGGAAACGCAGAUUCGGAAUCUUGGCGGGCCAAAUUACAUGCGCGGUGGUGGAAGGGUAUAUGACGACGAAGGCCGAGAGAUCCCCGGUGGUGGGAAGGGCUACAAAUAUUUUGGCCGAGCACGUGAACUACCGGGAGUGAAAGAAAUGUUUGAAGCGGCUGCGAGAAAGAAUCGACCAGAGGAAGAUGAUACUGAUAGCGCGAAAAAAGCCGCAGACAUACUCCGCAAACAUGUCGACGCUGCAUAUUUCGGUUAUGGACGAGACGAAGAAGACGGCGUAUUACUUGCCUAUGAGGAGAAGCGUGAAAAGGAAGCAAUUGAAAAUAUGAUUAAAGAUGGCGAAGACGACGUUGAGGAUGGCUGGGAACCAUUGCCAGGCGACGCUGGUGACGGAACGGAAUGGAGGCUCCCAACACUCGAGGAAGUACAAGAAGAACUUGUCGAAAGAAGGCGUCGAAGACUUUUGGACAAGAUUUCCUAA